UGCUGGCGCUAUUCAGCCACGCAUAAAAUUUAGUACAAUUCAGUUAGCACUACCUUGCAAUCUGGGUGUAGCGACGAGACGACAGCUUUGCGAAAAUGGCGAAUGACAGCGCUAACAGCAACGACACGGUGGAUGGUGAAGUAGCAGACAGCACUAACAAGUUUGUCUCAGCGCUUAUUCUCAACUUGAUUAUAGCCCUCAUAUGUUUAAUAUUGUUUUGCAUUCUAAGACAGAAGCACAAAAUUAUUUACGCGCCAAGGCAGCUUUUGAUAGAUACGCUAGCGCCUGGAAAACGUUCCCAGUCGUUUUUCUCGUGGCUUUUUCCCGCUUUCACCGUGAAGGAUGACGAAGUUUUCCUCUACGCGGGUAUUGAUGCGGUGGUUCACAUGCGGUUCAUGAAGCUUUGCUUUAAGAUCGCCCUAGUUCUCAUGCCAUACGGAAUCAUUGUUUUGAUUCCCGUGAAUUAUUACGGUGGAGGGGAUCUGAGCGGCUUGGAGCAGAUAGCGCUGUCAAACAUCGUCGUAAAAUCAUCGAAAGUUUGGGCCCACACUGUAGCCGCCUGGCUGUACACAUUGAUUAUCUGCUACCUUUUGUACAUGGAAUGGAAAGCGUUUAUCAUGUACCGACAACAGUAUCUUAGUAAAGGGAUGGGCUAUCAGUACGCUGUGUUGGUUAGAGAUUUGCCAGACAAGUUCAAGGAUUACGAAAGUUUGAAGAACCACAUGCAAGAAUUAUUUCCUGAAGAGGUGGAAGAUGUCGUAAUUGUGGAGGAUCUCAAAAAGUGGCAAGAACUUGUUAACGAGCGGGAUGCUCUAAAAUGGAAGCUGGAGCACGCAAAAGCAGUUUUUGAGCAAACUGAAGAAAGACCCACGCACAAGAAGUUCAUUUGCUGCGGAACGAAAUUCGACUCCAUUACCCAGUAUGGAGCAGAGCUAGAGACUGCACAGAACAAACUAGACGUUGAAACUGAGAAGAAACACACUCUACUUCCUAGUAGCUUCGUCGUUUUUCGAUCUCUGCGAUCGUCAACUCUGGCGAAUCAGGCUGACUGGGAUAACUCCCCCCUGGCCGUCGACGUCAUGCCCGCCCCAGAGCUGACAAGUGUUCUGUGGAAUAAUCUCUCCAUUGGUCUGUGGGCAAGGAAAUUGCGUACAGUUCUCAUCUACACACUUGUGUUCCUGUUGGUGUUCUUCUGGACUGUGCCUGUCGCAUUCACAUCAUCUUUGGUCGAGCUACAGAAUCUGACAAAAAUCGCGCCAUUUUUGAAACCAGUGCUGGAGCUUAACGCAUUUGUGAAAGGUGCCAUUGAGGGUUUCUUGUCAGGUCUCGCUUUGCUAAUCUUCUUCGCCAUUUUGCCCUUGAUCCUGCAGUUUUUCAGCAAGCUGGAAGGAAUACCAUCCCAAAGUGAAGUGGACAGAUCUACGCUGGGAAAAUUGUACAUUUUCAUGCUGGUGAACAAGUUCUUGUUCAUGACAUUUGCUGGCUCAGCUUUAAACAAACUGAAAGAGAUGGCAGAUAAUCCGAGCCAGAUUCCAUCAUUUUUAGCUGAAGCUCUUCCCUCGCAGUCUACCUUCUUCAUUUGUUACAUCAUGCUGGCGACUCUGACUGGUUAUGCGCUGCAGCUAUUGCGCGUAGUGCCUCUCAUUCUGGUGUCAAUCAAGCGUAAGUGGCUUGUGAAGACGCCCCGUGAGGAUGAUUUGGCCUGGAAACCACCACCUGUCCUUUAUGACCGAGUGUUCGCAAACCAUCUCUUUAUUCUGAUGGUGGGCCUGGCCUACUCCGCAUUGGCGCCCAUCAUAACUCCGUUUGUUGCGUUGUACUUUGGGUUUGGUUACAUUGUAUGGAUGCAUCAGACUUUAAGCAUUUACAUCCCCAACUACAGCUGUGGCGGCAUGAUGUGGCCGAGGGUUUUUAACAGGAUGAUUGUAGCAACAGUGGUGUUUCAGCUUCUGAUGUUUGGAGUGGUAAGCUUAAAGCAGUCAUACGCUGCAUCAGUCUUAAUCCUUCCGCUGCCUGUCAUCACACUCCUGUUCUAUUUCUUCAUUCUGCAACACUACAUCAGACCUGCAGAGAACCUGUCGCUGAGUGCGGCUCAUGGCCUGGAGAGUCCCGCUCCAAACUUUAUACAGGACGUAGCGAAGAGCUACAUGAGGACUCAAGGAGUUCCAGCCCCAGUCCCGGAACCUGCUCCAGCAGACGUUGACCAGACCUUGGGAUCUGAGUUAGAGUCUAGUCUUCCUCUGACAGCCACCACCGAGAAGAAAGAGGAUGUGUAAAGGACUAGUACCGGAUAAUGGAAUUCGUUUACUGUGAUGAUGGAUAGACUUUUUGAAUUCCCCAGAACCAUUAAAUGGUUUAUUUAUCGGAGCAAUAUGAGUUUUAUUUCACAACCUUGUUUUCCUAUCCAUUAUUUUUAUAAACCAGGUCUUAGAAAGUUUAGAGUCUAAACGUACUAGGUUAGAAAUAUUUUUAUUCAACCAAUCAAACCUUAAAACAGAGUUUUUUUUAGCUUAGACAAGUCUUUGACAUAGUUAGGUUGUCACCGAAAGGUGUAAUGAUUAACUUAAGAUUAAAUCCUUUGGAGUGGGCACUACUGCAAAGGUAAACAGCGUUAGGAAGGGCGUGGUUGACACCAGUCAACUUAAAAUCUCCGUCAACAGGGAAGAAGUGACCGUACUCGGACGGGUAAUGUCUAUACCUAUUUCUGAGAGUAAGCCAUUUAUCAAACGAUCGAAGGUGCUUUGAGUUAUCCUUAGGUGGACGUAUAAAUUUAGAACUGUAGUCUAGGAGAGAAAAAUCAUGUUUUCAUCGUCGGGACCUUUAGACUUACAGACACAUUUAAAGUCGACUGUAGAGAUAUGAGCCGCUGCAAUGAUUUUCGUCCAGCAUACAAUAGUUAGUUAAUGGUACAGCAAUAUCCUGCUUCAUUAAAAGUGAACGUCAAA